AUGUCGAUAAUAAAUUGGGUGAUUUUAUCUUUGAUUAUUCCAUUAAUUGUUAAUGGAGAGUCGACUAUUUCCUACAAUCUGCCAAAAUUUUGUACGAAUGCAACUUGGGAUGAGAACGCUACAACUUUUGCAAAAGAACCUCUGCUCCACGAUGGGCGCAAUAGUAUUUUUAUUAGUGUUUACAAUAUAGUUUAUGCGACAGACUAUAAUGAACAUCGUAUUUUUUUGUGGUUUCAAAACAAAACGCAAAUAACUGAGAUUAAGCCUGUUCAAAAUAAUCCAUAUAGUUUGUUCGUGACUAUAAAUGGUGAUAUUUAUGUCGCAGGUAAUAACGAUGGCAAAGUCGACAAGUGGGUAUUAAAGCCGCAGAACAGUACUAAAGUUGCAAAAUUCAGUAAACCAUGUUAUGGUCUUUUUAUUGAUGUAACUGACAUGCUUUACUGUUCUGUUCAUGACCAUCAUAUAGUGGAAAAAGUAUCACUUAACCAUAACGAAAAUCAAUCAAGCAUUGUUGCAGGAACAAGUGGAUCUCCUGGAAAUACAUUGGAUAAGCUUCAUAGUCCACAUGGAAUCUUUGUUCAUACUAAUCUCAGUUUGUACGUGGCCGAUUAUGCGAAUAGUAGGAUCCAGCAUUUUUUACCAGGCCAAACGAGCGGCACAACGGUGACAGGAAAUAUUAGCCUAAAUAAGCCAACCGCAAUCAUUCUUGAUGGAGAUGACAAUCUAUUCAUCGCAGACCAUGAAAAUAAUCGCAUUGUCACAUUCGGACCUCAUGGUUUUCGGUGUUUAUUUGGAUGCUAUAUGUCGGAGGGUUCAACUGCCUAUCAAUUAAUUAAGCCAUACUCUCUUGCUUUUGAUAUAGAAGGAAAUAUCUAUGUUAACGAUAAAAAUAAUAAACGUAUUCAAAAAUUCGCCUUAAUAUCCAAUAUUUGCAAUGAAAGCGUACCGUCACAAAAUACUAUGACAACAACUAUUUUGUCAACAGAUCCACGAGAUACUUUGGAAGAGACAGAUAUUCGUUAUAAUCAACCGAUAUUUUGUGAUUUUCCGUCAUGGCAUCCCGACGCAAUAACUUUUGCAACAGUGUCCACAUUUGGCCAAUGGUCUUAUGGAAUUUUUAUAACUACGAAGAAUACGAUUUAUAUUGUUUCAGAAACCAGAAACAUGGUUACAAUAUUGUUAGAAAACAGCAGUAGGCCAAUAAGGAUCAUCAACAGCACUUUUAGCAACUCAACAAGUAUCUUUGUCGAUUCCAAUGGUAAUGUUUAUGUUAGUGAUCGUGGAGGUAGCGGCAUCGAUGUGCUGACAUUGAAUGGAACAGAUAAGAUCAUGUUAUCAAAUAUGACUGGCUAUUGUGAUGGCUUAUUCGUCGAUAUUGAGAAUAAUCUAUAUUGCUCUAUUGGGAAGCAGAAUAAGAUUGUGAAAAAAUCACUUAAUACUAGUUCAAGUGAAUGGGAAACUAUUAUAGGCGAAGGUGCUGCUAAUCAAUCGCUAUCAGAUGUGCUUCAUAAUCCAAAUGGAAUACAUGUUGAUAACAAGCACACCUUAUAUGUGGCAAAUCAUAACGAUCACAGUGUUGUCUCCUUGCAGAUGGAUACACUGAAAUUCAAAAGAGUGGCUGGUAAAGAAGCACCAGGAACGAUUCUACUCCACCAGCCAACUGCAGUGACACUUGAUGGCAAUGGUUACAUAUUCAUCGUUGAUCAAGGCAACAACCGAAUUGUCGGUUCAGGUCCUCAUGGUUUUCGAUGUGUAGUAGGAUGUUUUGGUAGUGCUGGUUCAACACCCUAUCAACUGAGUCGUCCUUGGACAAUGGGUUUUGAUAGUUAUGGGAAUAUCUUCGUCACCGAUGUGAACAAUAAUCGGGUUCAGAAAUUUAUUUUAGCGACAAACUCGUGCAGUAAGUAUAUCAGUUCGGCAAAUAACCAAAUACUUCUCUUCCUAUUAGGUCUUCCGUACAAUCGACCCAAACUCUGUCCAUAUGCAGCUUGGAAUCCCAAUGCAACUACGUUAAAGACGGAUAACAUAUAUACUCAGCGCCCCUUCAACGUUUUCGUCACUAGUAAUAACACUGUUUAUGCAUUAUAUCCGUGGGAUAAACGGAUUGCAAUAUGGCAAAACGAAUAUAACACUUCCAUAAACAUCAGUUUAACAAAUCUAGAGAAACCUUUCGGUCUUUUUAUUGCAAUCGGUGGUGAUCUGUUUGUUAGUUACACGCCUAAUUCAGAAAUUGUCAAAUGGGCACUGAAUACCGUUACUACUAUUUCCAAGAUGAAUACCAGCGGAUAUUGCGUGGGACUUUUUAUUGAUAUCAACAACAAUAUCUACUGUUCUCUUCAAGGUCAGCAUCAAGUUUGGAGAAGAGCAUUAAAUAGCAGUAAUGAGAAUUGGACAAUAGUUGCAGGCGGUAGCUUACCUGGACCAGAGUCUCAUAUGCUUAGUGCACCUGGAGGAAUAUUUGUUGACGCCAAACUCAACUUGUAUGUAGCAGAUUCUGGAAACCACCGGAUUCAAUGCUUCCCACCUGGAGAGAAAAACGGAACAUCGAUAGUAAUGAAGAGAGAAUCUGAAAACAUCACACUGUGGAAACCGAUGGGUGUCGUACUUGAUGCUGAUAGCGAUUUGUAUGUCGUAGAUUAUGGUGGUCAUCGUAUUAUUAGAUCGGGUCCAAAUGGAUCUCGAUGUUUAGUUGGCUGUUCAGGUACAUCAGGCUUAGACUCUCAUAAAUUAUAUCAGCCAACAAUGAUGAACUUUGACAGUUACGGUAAUAUGUUUGUCGUCGACUCUUAUAAUCAAAGUGUUCAGAAGUUCUAUUUGGCCACUAACUCUUGCGAUCCGUCGGCAUUAAUAGUUGAAACUUCGACCAACAUUAUGACAACGACAUUUACAUCCACCUCGUCAGUACAACUACUUGAUUCAACGACACAUCUGAUCACAGCAAUGCAAGAAACUACAGUCGGACAGUCACUAAUAACUUUUAUUCCUAAACAAUGCAAUGACACUUCGUAUAUCGGUAUCGCCUGUAAUAGUUCGAGUAGCAUCUGUAUUUCUUCGAAUCCAUGUAAAAAUAGCGGCACAUGUAUCGAUGUAAACAACAAUACUCUCGGCUUUGUCUGUUUCUGUUCAACAGGUUACAAUGGAACUUAUUGUGAAAUUGAUCAGAAACCUUGUAAACCACAUACCUGCCUUAAUCACGGUAAAUGUAAUGAAGCUUCAACAACAACAUUUAAUUGUACAUGUGCCGACGGUUGGCAAGGUAUUCAUUGUGAAUCAUUGGUUAACUACUGCGAUUUAAAAAAUAUUACAUGUCAUAGUAACGGUAUUUGUCGACCACUAUUUCUCAAUUACACAUGUGAAUGUCUCGGUAAUAAUUAUUAUUCUGGUCGUCAUUGUGAAAUAACAUCCAGAAAAAUCACGAUUUUUACCUUCGUUUCCAAAACUUUUUCUUAUAUUGCUAUCAUUGCUCUGAUUGUUGUUGCUAUGUUUAUUAUUAUCAUGGACAUCUUAAAGUAUUGUUUUGGAAUUGAUCCAGUUGCUGCAGAACGACGAAAACUUCGUCGAGAGAAGUUGUUGGCAAAGCGAAAACGAGUUAUUAUUCAACGGUUUACUUAUGUUAAUGCGCCCUCGAAGCAAUUAGCAACAACUAUACCGAGCAUUACUGUAGAACACACCUCCGUUUGGUGA